AUGAAUGAGGACUUGAUCAAUAGCGCAGUCAGCUUUCUCAAGGACCCCAAUGUGGCGCUGUCGCCGCUAAACAAGAAAGUGGAGUUUUUGGAGACAAAAGGACUUAAUGAAAAUGAGAUUGAAGAAGCUUUGAAGAGAGCCAACAACGCCUCCUCUUCAUCUUCGACAUCAACCACAGUCACUCCAUCCACCAGCCAGCCUCAACAGCCUCAGCAGCCUCAAGGACCACCGGUGCCAUAUGACUACUACGGUAUGGCUCCUCAGCCUCCUGAGAGAACUUGGAAGGACUACUUCAUCAUGGCCACAGCAACCGCCGGAGUUACCUACGGCUUGUACCAGGUUGUGUCACGCUACUUGAUUCCUAGCAUCAUCCCCCCACUGCAGAGUAGGAUUGAUGCCGACAAGGAGGCGAUCGACGAGGAGUUCAUCAAGAUUGACAAGGUGCUCGAACAACUCGGCACUGAGCAAAAGGAGAUUAAAGAUGCUAAUGAGGGCAAGCUCAAGGAGAUCGACGUUGUGAUUGACAACAUCAACGACUUCUUGAGCAAGUACAACAAGGACAAGUUGAAGUUUGACGACGACUUGCGGUUGAUGAAGCUCGAGGUAGACAACUUAAAGAACAGUGUGGAGAAGAACAUGAAGUUGACCAAGGACAACCUUCAGGACGAGCUUGCCGAGAUCACUGAGGAAUUGGGUUCCUUGAAGAACUUGAUCAAGGCACGCAGCGGGAACUCGCUGGCGGACAACAGUGGGCCCCGCAAGGUGGCUCCCGUCUCGUCCAUCCCAUCCGCUUCCGAGAUCUUGAAGAAGGCCAAGGCCAAGAACACAAACAACGCUCCCACCAACAACUCUGCUGGAUCCUCGCAGCCCAACAGCGGCGACCACAGCAAAAACAGCAGCAACGCCCAGUCGCCCGUGCUGAACUUCGCCACGACGCUGAAGGAGACGAGGCCCUCUACACCCGGUAACAUUUUUGCCGCCGGUAUUCCAGAGUGGCAGCUCAAGCACAAGCAGGCCGAGGAGCAGGCCGAGAGAGAGAAGAAGCAGGCCGAGGCCGGCGAGGCCGAGGCCCCAGCCCAGAAGCCAGAGGACAAGGAAGACUUGAAGGACCUGAUGGCAGCAUGGCAGCAGCACACUGCUAGCGAGAACAACGACGACGAAGUUGUCAAGAAGUCGAUCGAGAGUGUUGGUGUUCCCGCCUGGCAGCUCAGCGCUGGCAGCAACUAA